GAUUUCUCACAUACGAUGAAAUCGUUGGACAUUCUGGAAUUUGAGACGAAACUGAGCUCAGCUGGACUCAUCUAUGCGCAUUAUGGGAAGCGUGUUUUGGCGGAGCGUUUAUCAGUGAAUGAGAGUGAUAAGAUUGUGGAGGUUUUGUAUAAAAAACUCUACGAAAGUUUCGUUGAGGCUGUGGAUGCAAUCGAUAACGGUAUUCCACAAUUCGAUGGCACACCCAGAUAUCAUCUCGGCGGAACGCUUUCGAGUCGCGUUGGAAACCUGAAUCCAGCCUGGAAUGACGAGGAUGUUGAUGUUGAGAAAAGGUUCGAAGACGCGAUGAAACUGGUAGGUCAAGAGUUUUUGGAGCGUUUAGGAUACUUACACAAAUCGUGGUUGCCAGCCCGCGAUAUCGUUGCCGAAUGCGUCAAAAAUCGUUUCGAUAUCGAUCCGAGUGGACAAAUCCUUGUUUUGGAAAAAGGCGGUGUGCCAUGGAAAGAGCAUUUCUUCACAUUGGAAAAAGAGUUGAACUUAGAAGGUGCACAAAUAACGUACAUUGUUUAUGGGGAUUCAACUUCGGGUAGUUGGCGAGUGCAAGCGAUUCCGGUUGAUGAGAAGAGCGCAUUUGAGAAUAGGUGA